AUGUCCCGUGUCUAUAUAUAUCCAUUGACGGUAUUCUAUUUUUUUGCUAUUGAAAUGAGCGUUUUUUGUUACUACAAUUGGUUUUACAGACGGAAUUUUCCCUAUUUGUUUCGUCCCAUUUUUCCUUUUCUCAUUGUUCUCAUAUCUUAA